CUUGUCGAUCGUGAUUUAUUUCGGGUAUACAAUUCAACAAAGAAGCAGAUUAAUUAUAAACAAAUUACAAACGAAUAAACCAGCAAUAUAGGAUAUGCACAAAGUUUCCCAAUACUUGACCAUUCGCGCAAGUUUCCUCAUCAAGUAAAUUCACAAUAAUGGCAUUGGAGCCGCUUGGUGCUCAACGAGAACUUUGGAAUCCAGGACAAGAGUCUUUCGUACUCUUUCGCAACAGAACGAAACGCACUAUAAAUCUAUACUGGAGUCUUAGGGGUAACAGAAAUUAUCAUGUAACAUUGGGCCCAGGCGACAGUAGUAAAACUAACACAUUCACAAACCAUGCUUGGAUAUUUUGUGAUAAGGACACCGAUGAAAUGAUGUGUGUGGAACAACGUAAAAUAUUUUGGCCACAAACUUAUCGAAUGCGUGACCCAAGAAAUCCUUCACGUAUUAUACCAUGUCGGAAAGAGAUUAAUAUACAUUUCACAUUGCGUACGUUACGGGAAAAUUGCAUCUGGCAGCUUGUAACAAAACUGCAUGCCAUACCGCACCAAGUAGCGAUGAGUACCAUUGACGAUGUUUUGCUACUACCCAAAGUUUUGAAAAACGAAUUGAGAAUGCAUUUCCUACGCAAAGAGUAUCCCACCAUUGUCACAAUGAAAAUGUUCAACAGUAUACUAGAACGAGAAAAACUAAGAAAAAUUAAUAGUUAAGAAUAGGGGGACAGGGGCGAACAGGAAUGUUUGUUGCAAUUAAGGGGUUACAUGGGUUUCGUUGGUUCAAAAAAUCGAUUUAUUUUUUUUUUUGGCUUAUUAAUUUCUAUAACAUCUCAGGAAUAUUAUCCUAAAUUUUCAAGACGAUCCGAAUAAUAAAUUCGGCGAUACAGCCUUUGGAAGGUGUGCGCUCCAAGCCAUUUUUAUUGUUACUCAAAACUUUGAACGCGUUUUUCUCAGCACUGUGUUUUCAAAGUCGGUUGUCAAAUGUGCUCGAAAACUACUCAACCGAUCUUGAUGAAAUUUUACACAGGUGUUCGAGAUAAAAUUUACUCGUGCUUGAACGAAGGAUCUUGUUUUUUUUUUCAAUUACAACUAUUUACAAUAAAAAAAAAAAAAAAAAUUUCAAGCAAAUUUGACCGAAAUUUUCAUUUUUUUGGAAAAGUGUCUGCCAGAAUUCCAAUUUUUACUUUUUUUUCUUUCCUUCGUUCAAGCACGAGUUUAUGGUCUUAACUAAAACACUUACUUUUGCUUUUUCAUUUUUGAUGAGUCUGUCAGGAGUUAUGCUGACAACGCGCACGCACCUUUUGUUCGAGGGGGUCACCGGAAAUGACGUCACAAUGGAGGAGUUUUAAUUUUUUUUUUUUUUGAAAAUUUCAGAAAUUAUUCCUUUUUUUCGACGGGUCACCGGAAAUGACGUCACAAUGGAGGAGUUUUAAGUUUUUUUUUUUUGAAAAUUUCAGAAAUUAUAUUUUACGAAAUUUAUUUUUCUAUAAGACAGAAAAAAGUUUGAAUUAAAUAAAUAAUUUUUUACAUGGAAACAAAAAAUAUUGAAAAUAGGCCGUUUUUUACCCGAUGAAACCCAUGUAACCCCUUAAAUAGAAUAUAAGUUGGGUGGGAAUAAUUUAAAUCAUAGAAACAAAACGAAAUAUUGUUUUUGUUUUGGUUUUUUUUGCUUAUUUUUAAGGAUUUCCUGUAAAUGAAUAAAUAAAAUAAAGUUGAUUUGUAUAUAAACGACAUUCAUUAAAAAUAUAUGAAA